CCCCAGAAGAAGAGAGACCGGCGCAGCGCUUCCGGGAGCCCUGCGGCCGCGGCCAGUACCGGCAGCCUCCGGCACCUCUCAGGGAGCCUCGGACGUGAGGCCAGAGGCCCCACUCCCCGCGGAGCCCAGAUGCCUGUCCAGCCUCCGAGCAAAGACACAGAGGAGAUGGAAGCAGAGGGUGACUCGGCUGCCGAGAUGAAUGGGGAGGAGGAAGAGAGCGAGGAGGAACGGAGUGGCAGCCAGACCGAGUCCGAGGAGGAGAGCUCAGAGAUGGACGACGAGGACUACGAGCGGCGCCGCAGCGAGUGCGUCAGUGAGAUGCUGGACCUGGAGAAGCAGUUCUCGGAGCUGAAGGAGAAGUUGUUCAGGGAACGACUGAGUCAGCUGCGGGUGCGGCUGGAGGAAGUGGGAGCUGAGAGGGCACCCGAAUACAUAGAGCCUCUGGGGGGGCUGCAGCGGAGCCUCAAGAUUCGCAUUCAGGUGGCAGGGAUUUACAAGGGCUUCUGUCUGGACGUGAUCAGGAACAAGUACGAGUGUGAGCUGCAGGGAGCCAAGCAGCACCUGGAGAGUGAGAAGCUGCUGCUCUAUGACACCCUGCAGGGGGAGCUGCAGGAGCAGAUCCAGAGGCUGGAGGAGGACCGCCAGAGCCUGGACAUCAGCUCUGAGUGGUGGGAUGACAAACUGCACGCCAGAGGCAGCUCGAAGACCUGGGACUCCUUACCGCCCAGCAAGAGGAAGAAGGCCCCUCUAGUUUCCGGCCCUUACAUUGUGUACAUGCUGCAGGAGAUCGACAUCCUGGAGGACUGGACGGCCAUCAAAAAGGCGAGGGCAGCUGUGUCCCCUCAGAAGAGAAAAUCAGAUGGACCUUGACCCUGCUCUUCACAGCCAGGGGGCCCCUCGGAGCAGCUGGCACCAGACCCAGGAUUUGAACGUACCUGCUGCAGAAAGCCAGACUGACAGGCCCCUCAGGGUCUGCCCAGCCAGCUCUCCAAUGCUGCUGCGGGCCCUCCCCUCCAGCCAUCACUGGUCUGGACUCCUCCACUGCCCCUCAUCGGGGGCCCUGUACAGCUACAGCCUGGAGCUGCCCUAGCCAGGCAGGACUGUCUCCUCCAUCCUCAGCCAGCCCACCUCCCCCCACCGAAGGUCAGCCUCCGCGGGCCCUCCCUGAUGAAGACGUGCCUCGUCUUAAGCCAAAGCAGCAUCCUUUCUGCUGACCCUGGACCCGGCUCCCUAGUCACUGAGCCAGUGAUCUGGUUCCCACUUUGCAGGAACUCUGAGCCAGAAAUUAUAUUUGGGGGGGCCCGUGUGUCCUGGCUGUUGCUGGAGGUGAGAAGGCAGGCUCCCCAGGUCUUCUUUCUCAAGGCAGUUCCUGGUGUCUGCCUCCCAGAUUUCGGGGACUGGAAUUAAAACCUUUCCUGGGACUCUG